CCCAUCUUUAUUCAGCCGUCUCUGACCAGCCAACUGCAUGGGUGGGAUUCAGGGACUUUUUGGUGGAGCAAUUAUUAGCCAAUUUUAGGAUAUUACGGCAAACUGACAUCGUGGGAAGACUGAGGAUGGCAGAGAUCAGGGCACCGUUGUAGUCUUCUUCCUCUGCAGGCUGAAAUUUCCUUGAAAACGUGGAUACCAUAGCGUGUACCCUGAUGCUUUAUGAGAAGUACGAAUUAUACAGAUGCUUAUUAAAUCCAAGUUUUCCAGCAGAAAAAAAAUGUGGAAGAAACAACAGCAGGUCACAUACCCCCCAGGAGCUUCAAAUGGAAUGUUUCAUAGGCACAGGAAUGUGGUGGCCUGCCCCUUCUCCAGGCUGCGCAGAGUCUCUGAUCCAACCUUGUUCCAAGUGAGCCUAGUGGCUGCUCUGCUGGUUGCUGUUCAUGGCAACUGUGGUCCACCUCCCACUUUUCCUUUUGCCUUUCCAACAACUGAGUUGUACCAGACAGAAUUUGAAAGCGGAACUAGUCUGAGAUACAGUUGCCGCCCUGGCUAUAGUAGGACAAGUUCAAAACUCAUGAUUGUCUGCAGAAAUGAGGGCCAAUGGGACCAUGAUGUCGUCUGUGUCAAAAAAACGUGCAAGAAUCCAGGAGAUUUACCAAAUGGGCAGGUGGAAAUUAAGACAGAUUUGUCUUUUGGAUCAAAAAUAGAAUUCAGCUGUUCAGAAGGAUAUAUUUUAAUUGGCUCAUCCACUAGUCAUUGUGAGAUCAAAGAUGGAGGAGUUGCCUGGAGUGAUCCUCUCCCAGAAUGUGUAAUUGCCAAGUGUGAGUCCCCUCCAGGCAUCAGCAAUGGGAAGCACAGUGGAGGAGAGGAAGAGCUCUACACCUACGGCUCCUCGGUCACCUACAGCUGUGAUCCAAGUUUUUCACUCCUUGGCAGUGCCUCCAUUUUCUGCACUGUGGUGAAUGAAACAGUAGGUGUCUGGAGCCCAAACCCUCCAGCCUGUGAAAUCCCUACAGGCCUUACAGAUUGCACAAGACAACAUUUUCCCCUUGCUGAGGCACAUCUACGAACAGCUACCAGCCCAACCACAUGAUUCAAGCCAGAAGACCUUGUUUGGGUGAGACGGCACCACAAGGAGCCCCUUGGACCUUGAUGGAAGGGGCCACACAUCAUGAUCCUCACCCCCCCACUGCGGUUAAGGUGUCUGGUGUCCGGACUUGGAUACAUCACUCACAUCUAAAGCCUGCAUCAGAGGAUUGAUCAGACCAAGUCAACAAGAGAUGGAAGGUCACACGGGUAAAAGACAAUCCUCUCAAGCUAAAAAUGUCUGCCACACCAUAACUCUUGUUGCUUUUUUAUGUUUUUUUUUAUAGAGCCUUCCCUAGAUAACUCCCCCCAUGGACUCCAAAACCUCACCUGGGUAGUUAGUAGCACAUCCACUGGAAAGAUAGUGAACAUCUCCUCCCAUCUGGGACCUCCAGGCACCUGGUUCCCCAAGAUUACAUUUGACCUCUGCAACCUGCUUGAAGAAUCUUACACCUUGAGCUUGGGAAUCAUACACCCUGUCAGGCACUGUAAAUUAUGCUUGGCAGUCUCCCCUUGGCCAAAAGAGGAUGAAGGAGCACCGCUUCUAUGUUUGCCCGGGCAAUGGUAACCGAAGUACCUGUGGGGGGCCAGGGGACUAUUUCUGUGCUUCAUGGAGCUGUGUGUCUACUGGAUAUAUUAAUUGGGCUGCCCCAGUCA